CCAGCCUAAUAACAUUGGAUACAAAUAAAAUAAUCAUCACAAGCUGAAAAACCACAUUGAGUUGUGUGUCUUGCAUGUGAUCGAUCAUGCUUUCAUCCAUGACUACGAGUGCAGCUUUUGCUUUCUUCUUUUGCUUUCUCUUCACCAUUCCAAAUUUCCAUGUUUGCUUCUGCAAUGGCAUCAGCAGCAGUUCCAAUCACACUCAUCAUAAUAAUAUCACUUGCUUCGAAAAUGAGAGGGAAGCCCUGCUUAAAUUCAAGCAAGAUUUGAUAGACCCAAUGAAACGGUUGUCCUCUUGGGAUAUUGGGGAGGAUUGCUGCAAGUGGACCGGAGUUGUCUGUGACAACUUCACUGGUCAUGUCCGCGAGAUCCUACUUGGGAAUCCUUAUGAGUAUUCUUUUGAAAAUGAUCCUGACUAUGCAGCUUAUCAGAUGUAUCGAUUAGGAGGAAAGCUAAAUCCCUCUUUGCUCGAUUUGAAGCACCUCCAAUAUCUGGACUUGAGCCUCAAUUAUUUUCAUGGCGCUCACAUCCCCAGCUUCAUUGGCUCUAUUGCAACUUUGAGAUACCUCAACCUUUCUUGGGCUGGAUUCAGCGGAACCAUUCCACCUCAACUAGGAAACGUCACCACCAUGUGUUACCUUGAUCUUGGAUCUAACUACGGACUACUUUGUGGAAAUUUGCAAUGGCUUUCGCGUCUUUUUUUGCUACAACACCUCGGCAUGAGUCGUGUAAACCUCAGCAAAGCAUUGGAUUGGCUAGAGGUGACGAGCAACCUCCCUUCACUGGUAGAAUUACACUUGUCUGAUUGUGAACUCGAGUAUGUCUCUCUUUCUUCAACUAACAAAAUUAAUUUUACAUCACUUGACAUCCUCGACCUUUCCUUUAAUCACCAUCUUGGACCAUCUGUACCAGGUUGGAUUCUCAAUCUUAAUCAUUUAGUCUACCUAGAUUUGAGUAUGUGUCUGUUUUACGGUCCAAUUCCUAGUCGUCUUCAAAACAUGACUUCUCUCAGAGUUCUCGAUUGGUCUUUGAAUCAUUUUAAUUCUACCAUACCAAAUUGGUUGUAUAGUUCAAGCCAUCUUCAGUCACUCAGUCUUUGUGAGAAUGAUCUUUUGCAUGGUGCGGUGUCAAUUGCCAUUGGAAACUUGACUUCCCUUGUUAGCCUUGACUUAUCUUUAAAUCAACUUCAAGGGAGUAUACCAACAUCACUCGGAAAACUUUGUAAGUUAAAGACAAUUGAUUUAUCCGAUAAUGAGUUUUCCGGGGAGGUAACAAACAUUUUUGUAGGUUUCUCUCCAUGCAAGUCUAACGAGUUAGAGACCUUCUAUUCGGGGGGGAAUCAUCUUCUUGGUCACUUGCCUUAUGAGCUUGGUCAACUAACAAGUCUCACUGAAUUUAAUCUCAAUGGCAACUCUUUUUCUGGUCCCAUUCCAGCGUCGAUAGGAAGUUUAUCAUCCUUGAUAUGGUUAGAUCUUUCCUCUAAUAAGUUUUCUGGUCCCAUUCCAUGUAAGUUCAAUGGGACUCUUCCUGAAAGUCUUGGGCGUCUUGGAAAGUUAGAAAGCUUGUUCAUAAACGAUAAUUCGUUGGAGGGUGUCGUCUCUGAUGUUCACUUUGCCAAUCUCACGAGAUUGUGUUACCUAGAGGUUGGUGGAAACAAUUUGACUUUGAAUGCAAGAUCUAUUUACCACAUGUUAUGUGAUAAGGGAGAGGAACCUAACAUUGGAUUGUACUACCUCAAUAUGGGACAUAAUCGUUUGUCGGGAAAAAUUCCCGACUGUUGGAAGCAUUGGCAAUCCCUUGUUAUCAUCAAAUUAGAGAACAACAAUCUGGAGGGUAGCAUUCCAAGCUCCAUCGGACUGUUACCUGGACUUAAAUCAUUGCACUUGCGGCACAACAACCUCACAGGAGAACUACCGCAGACACUGCGAAAUUGCUCACUUUUGUUGGUCAUGGACCUUGGUGAAAACAAGCUUACUGGAACCGUACCACCAUGGAUGGGCAAUGCCUCAUUAGAAUUGAUAGUUCUGGAUCUGCGCUCCAAUAACUUUUUGGGCAACCUUCCAUAUGAACUUUGUCGUUUAAGCUCUCUUCAAAUCUUAGACGUUGCACAUAAUAAUCUAUUUGGUCCUCUACCUAGAUGUUUUACCAAUUUCAGCGUCAUGGCAAAAAUAAGAAACCAAAGUGACGUGAGUUACACGACUUCCCCAAAGUAUGGGAUUGUCUGGCCGGCUGGUAUAGUGCAAUUUCUAGAUAAUGCAAUUUUGGUGACCAAAGGAAGAUAUGUUGAAUAUGGAACCACUCUUCGAUUGGUGACAAGCAUGGAUCUUUCUGGAAAUACUUUAUAUGGAGAGAUUCCAGAGGAACUCACUAAACUUGUGGGGUUGUGGUCGUUAAAUUUGUCUGACAAUCAUUUGACAGGAAGAAUCCCAAGGAAUAUUGGUGAUAUGAGACAACUAGAAUCCCUUGAUUUCUCACUAAAUCAACUUUCUGGGGAAAUUCCUUCGAGCAUGUCGAGUUUGACAUUCUUGAGUCACUUGAACUUGUCCUAUAACAAUUUGACGGGGAGUAUUCCAUCAAGUACUUAA